AUUCCGAUACAAAGAAAGAAUGAAGAAACAUCUGCAGCUUCAUUAUGGUUAAAAGCAAAAAAGGAUGAUGUAGGAAAUUCUAUUUUUAUUUGGAUAUUUGAAGAGAUUGUUGAAUCCAUGAUGACAGCUGAAAUAGAUGAAAAGGGUAUAAUACAUAAUUCGUCUGGUGAUGUAAAAGCUUUAUAUGGUUACACUCCUGAAGAAAUUGUAGGAAUGUGUGUGACAACUUUAAUCCCUGCAUUAGAAGUCAUCCCGUCAAUUGAGAAUAAUAAGAAUAAUAUGGAUAUUGAUAAUUCAAGUUUACCUGAUAUACGAUUAGACAUUGAGCAAAUAAAUAAAACUAAAUAUUAUGGAAGUCGGUCAAAAAAUUGUGCAAAGUUCCCAAUAAUCGGAAAAAUAUCGACAUCAUCAAUUCAGGAAGAAAUGCAUGAUCAAGGAUCUACCAUUUAUCGACUUAAAAUUAUAUCUAUGCCUACUAUUGCCGGAGUUAUAACUGCACAUGCAACUGGCAUCAUUCAAUCAUGCAAUUCCGUAUUUGUCAAAUAUCUAUUUGGUGUUGGAUCUCAAGAGUUAAUCGGAAAGCGCUAUAUCGAGUCACUUUUACCUCAAUUUUCUCGCCUUAUUGAUAUCCUUGCGUCGGAAAGAUCUCUUGUUGAAGGAGUUUUAAUUUCCGAAAAUGCUUUUCGACGUGCUGCUGCGUCAAUCUCUACUACAUCUAAAAAUAAUUCCCCAUAUUCUCAUACAAAAGACUUUUCAUCUACCACGUUAUCUAUUCAGGAACCUUCUGGUAUAAUAGCAGUACACAGGGAUGGUACGGAAUUUGACGUGGACAUUCAAAUGCGUGUUGUUGAAUCCCCUGAUGAGCCAUUGCAUGCAUUGUGGAUUACUUAUGAUCGUAGUGCUAAUUUUGCAAAAGAGCAAUCCUAUUUUGAUAAUUUUGAAAAUCAUGUUGAAAGGCUCGAGACUAGUAAGCAUUUAGGAGACGAGAAAAUCCAAGAAGAAAAGGAAAACUUUCAUAUAUCUAAAUUUAUAGCGGUGGGAGGCAGACCUCCUUUAUCAACAGGUCAUUCAUCUGAUCGACAAAUAAUUACGCCUCCU